UCGUUAUUAAUAUUCAUGAGUUGGGCGUGCUCUGUAGAAAUAGGUGGCGGAAAUGCGCUGCCAAAUUCCGUUGCUAAACAACAGCAUGUAAACAUUCAGGGUCAAAAAUAAUAACGUUAGCGUUAUUCAGCUCGACACGCGAAAGAUGAGUGUUUUUGACAGGACAACGAGCGUCUGUAGACGCAGAGACACUUUCCCAAAUAUUAGAGCGGCAGGGAAAGUUCUACCACAAGGAGACAGGGCACAGGCAUGUCUGCAGGAAAUAUCCUCAAGGCCUGAGACGCCCCCAGUGGUCAAGAAGUUUCUCAACAGUACACAUCCAGAGCCAGGAACAAGCCGUGUGUUCUUCGGGAAAGCAAACGACCCAGAUAUUGCCAGCAGUUUGGUGCAUGGAAUAAGCACACAGCCGUCUAUAGAUGCUGGACCUUUGAUCAACCCACCACCGAAAACCUGCUACCAGGAAAGGCUGCGAGAAAUUCAGGAGGCCAUUUACAGCAGCAGACAUAAAGCUCCAUUUGGAAAGUCCCAUGUUAAGGGUUCUAUGCUUCCGGAUGGUCUUCAUCCUGAAAAAACAACUUUUGGUCUUAAAUUACCUUAUUCUUUUAAUGCUGGUGAGGUCAUCAAUCCACCCAAAACAGCACAGCAGGUAGAACAAGAAGCGCUUGCCGGACACGAGAGAUACCUACGAUCACACAAGUCCUACUUCGUUGGUGAGUGUGUGAACAGGAAGUAUGACUUGAGGAGCUACAGAAAGGACAGUAUGUUUGGUGUGGUCACUCCACAUCGCAGUGAUGGACACAAUACAAGAAAAUCUCUCCAGUGGCUCUGUGAUGAACAAACGAACCACAGCGCAAAAUUUGUCUCGAAGCGAUGCGACGACUUCAGAGAGAGGACACAGUCUCAGAUUGGCAAAGUGCGUGACCCGAUCGCAGACACCUUGACUGUUCCGGCUGAUCACACUUUCGGAGCGCUGCUGCCUACUGACAGCUUCGGUGCAGCAGACGUCCUGUACGCCACACCACUUUCAGAGCACAGGAAAGGACAGGACAGACGUCACACGCUGGUCAACGCUGUACGCCAGCACCUGAAGAAGGCUAACUACCACAACUUCUCCUCUUUGCUUCAAGCUUUCAGACACUACGAUAAGAAAGGCCGGGGAAAUAUCGAUAAGGAGGACCUAAGGGACAUGUGCCACGAGUUUAACCUGGACCUCAGCGCUGACGUUCUGGAUGAACUUAUGGACUUCUGCGACGUUGAUAAAGACGGGCUAAUUAACUUCCUGGAAUUUGCAAAUUUCCUUAACUGGAAGGACAAAAUGCCGAUCAGUCGAGCGGAUCAAAAGAUUUUGACAGGAGAGCAGAAACCCAGCACGGCCCCGGCUGUCAGCACGAGAGCCGCGGAUCGGGAAGCCGACACUGAGAAAAAGGCUGGGACUGAAAUCCUGGCUAAGUGUGAAGACCUGGAACCUGUAAAGGUGGGGAGCUUUCUGAAGACCCCCAAAACAUUGAGCAGAACUCGAGCAGAGCCAGAGCGCUUCCUCACCUCAUCCUCUGCCAUCUGCGCCAUCGUGGAUGACCUGGCUGCUAACGAUAAUCGGAUGUACGGCAUCCCGUCGGUACGUACAGAUUUGCCUGCCCCGCGUAUCAAACGCAUCAGUGACCGAACAAACUAUGGUGAUGAAGGCACGGCAUAUGAACUGCUUUUUCCCACGUUGUACUCGCUGUCAGGGGUGAACGAGAGACAUUUCUUCUGUCCCCGCACCAAGAACGAGAUGGAGCAGAUUUUCCGGAACGUCGGGAUGCUUAUUCCAGAGCCGACGUUUGAGGAAGCCUGGAGUUUGGCAUCUAGGAGUCACCCAAGCGGAGAAGUUUGUGUGGAGAGUUUUAGAAAAUUUCUUCAGGCAAAAUAGGAAAGGAAGUGCAUUGUUCAGACUGGUUCAAAUUUAAGUGAAAAAUACAUUAAAAAAUGUCAGGAUUUUAAAAGGUUUAAUAUAACCAACAUGGUAUUGAAUAAACUUUGCGUUUUUCCAAAGAGUCAGCUAGAAUCGGUGGAAUAGUUUCUAUCUAUUGUAGACAUUUAUACAGAUAUUCUAUUGGAGGCUGUCCGCUAUCACUGUGCUGUAUCACUGUUCACUAUGGCUGUCUGUUAUCGCUGUCCUGUAUCACUGUUCACUAUGGCAGGCUGUUAUCACUGUCCUGUAUCACUGUUCACUAUGGCAGGCUGUUAUCGCUGUGCUGUAUCACUGUUCACUAUGGCUGGCUGUUAUCGCUGUGCUGUAUCACUGUUCACUAUGGCAGGCUGUUAUCGCUGUCCUGUAUCACUGUUCACUAUGGCAGGCUGUUAUCGCUGUCCUGUAUCACUGUUCACUAUGGCAGGCUGUUAUCGCUGUGCUGUAUCACUGUUCACUAUGGCAGGCUGUUAUCGCUGUCCUGUAUCACUGUUCACUAUGGCUGUCUGUUAUCGCUGUCCUGUAUCACUGUUCACUAUGGCUGUCUGUUAACCCUGUCCUGUAUUGCUGUCAGCUAUCACUGUCCUAUAUAGAACGGGGCAUGAAAGCCUUUAUUAUCGCCACAUAUACAUUACAGCACAGUGGAGUUCUUUUCUUCACAUACCCCAACUAAGGAGGUUGGGGUCAGAGUGCAAGGGCAGAGCAACGGCUGUUCGCUGUAUCGCUGUCCUGUAUCGCUGUCUGCUAUCACUGUCCUGUAUCGCUGUCUGCUAUUGCUGUCCUGUAUCACUGUUCAAUAUGAAUCUCCUCUAUGGCUGUCUGCUAUUGCUCUCCUGUAUCACUGUCCUGUAUCGCUUUCCUGCAUCGCUGUCCUGCAUCGCUGUCCUGUAUCACUG